GAUGCUUUCGUGAACCAGAAAGGCUUCUUCUCUUUACAAAUGUCAUUUCCCUGCAGUUGCCAUUGGAAUGGCUCCACAAGGAAAUGAGGACAAGAAGCAGAGACCAAGAGUUGGAGCAGGACUCGAGAAUAUGGGCAAUACCUGCUUCCUCAAUGCUGUCCUCCAGUGCCUCACCUACACCCCAUCUCUGGCAGACUACCUGCUCUCUCGGGAUCACAGCCAGUCCUGUGUUCGACCAGGCAACUGUGUGAUGUGCAGAGUGCAGGAGCACGUGUGCAAGGUCCUGCAUGCCACAGGAUCUGCCAUCGUGCCUGUGGACAUCAUCACUGCUCUCCCAGAAAUCGGAGAACAUUUCAAGCUCGGCGUGCAGGAGGACGCCCACGAGUUCUUGCGCUGUACUCUGGACGCCAUGCAGAAAGCUCAUCUGUGUGAUGGCAGCUUGGACACGUCUUGUCAGCACACCGUCAUCCAUCAGAUAUUUGGGAGCUUUCUGAGAUCCAGAGUCUGCUGCUUGAGCUGCCAAGUGGUUUUUGAUGACUACGAGCCCUUCCUGGAUAUCCUUCUGGAUAUAAAAGCAGCGGCAUCUCUUUCUGAAGCUCUUGAUACAUUUGUGAAACCCGAGCUGCUGGAUGCCAGAAGCGGCUUUAGAUGUCGCCACUGUGGCCAGGUGACUGCUGCCUCCAAGGGGCUGACGAUUCACUGGGCGCCCCAGGUUCUCACAGUGGGGCUCAAGAGGUUUGAGGAUGUCUCCGGUGGGAAGAUCACCAAGGUUGUGAAGUAUCCCAAGGUCUUGGAUCUUGGGCCAUACACAACAGCAGGAGAAGCGCAGCACUACUCCUUGUACGCUGUGCUGGUGCACAAAGGAGAGAGCUGUCACUCGGGACACUAUUUCUGCUACAUCAAGGCCAAUGAUGGGCUGUGGUACAAAAUGGAUGACACAUCUGUGACUCCUUGUGACGUUGACACAGCUCUUCAGCAGGAAGCCUAUUUACUGUUUUAUGUCAGGAGCUCCGAUUUGAGGACUGGAGCAAGGGCUUCCUCCUCAUCAUCAGCACCAUCACGUACCCGGUCCUCCCUCGGUCAAGGGGUGGCUGGCAGCCAGCAGAGAACAAGAGCUCGGAACUCAAGCCCCGCUACCCGGUUCCGCCCGCCAAUCCCCUCGCUGCUCCCGCGACCCCGGCCCCCUCGUGGUCCAGACGAGCUCCCAGGACCGCCGCGGCCCGGCCCCAGCGGGGAGCAGCCAGCAGGACGCUGCCGACCCCCGCCCGUCCCAGCAGCGGCUCCCGCGGCCGCCGGCGCUGCCCGAACCGCUCCGGAUCCGCACGCGCACCGCUCCCGGGACCCCACCGCUAACAACCCCUCCUCCCCGCUCGCUGGAUAUAUAGACCCCGGCCCCGCCCCUCCCGCCACCACAGCCAAUCGCCACCCGCAGCAUCCCCGGCCCAGCCAAUCCCGCCCCGCCCGUUCCCCCUCCCGUGUCCGCUACGCCCAAUCCCGGCCCGUCAUUGCGAUCCGGCCCCGUCCCGCAGGCCCACGAGUGACCGCUCCUCCCCGGGACGGCGCCGGAGUCCCCGCUCUCCCCGCGGCACUAGCAGACCCCCGAAGGACAUGGUCGACCCCUCCACUUUACCGCCCCUAG